CGGCGAGCAGCCGUCAACAGUCAACACGACCACCUCGUCCCCGUCGCCACCGCCUCCUCCUCCUGCUGUAACAGCUGAUGCCACACCACCUUCCCCACGUCUUCCCUUCUCACUUGACUUUGUGUCUCGCGCGGUCUUCAUGAGGAAUAAGAGCGGGUACUGAGCUGUGCUAAAUUGAAGCUGCUUGAAUAGCCUCAGCCAAGAUGGUGUUAGCAGAUUUAGGUCGUAAGAUCACCUCGGCCCUUAAAUCCCUCAAUAAUGCCACUAUUAUCAAUGAGGAUGUCCUUAAUGACCUCCUCAAAGAAAUUUGUGCAGCGUUACUUGAGUCUGAUGUUAAUAUUAGACUUGUAAAACAACUAAGGGAAAAUGUUCGCUCGGCAAUUGAUUUUGAUGAGAUGGCCGGGGGUCUCAACAAGCGACGGAUGAUACAGACAACAGUAUUUAAAGAGCUUGUUAAGUUGGUGGACCCGGGGACAAAGCCAUACGUGCCAGUUAAAGGACGACACAAUGUCAUUAUGUUUGUUGGUCUCCAGGGUUCUGGUAAGACGACGACAUGUACAAAGCUUGCAUACUAUUACAUGCGGAAAGGUUGGAAGACCUGCCUGGUAUGUGCAGAUACCUUCCGAGCUGGUGCGUUUGAUCAAGUGAAGCAGAAUUGCACUAAGGCUCGCAUUCCUUUUUAUGGCAGCUAUACUGAGGUUGAUCCAGUAGUUAUUGCAAUGGAUGGAGUGGAACAGUUCAAAAAAGAAGGGUUUGAGAUAAUCAUCAUAGAUACUUCUGGCCGACAUAAGCAGGAGGAUUCCCUGUUUGAAGAGAUGUUGCAGAUUUCGAAUGUUUGUAAACCAGAGAACAUUAUCUUUGUUAUGGAUGCAAGUAUUGGUCAAGCUUGUGAGUCCCAGGCACGCGCUUUCAAGGAGAAAGUAGAUGUUGGCUCAGUCAUCAUUACGAAGUUGGACGGUCAUGCCAAGGGUGGUGGUGCACUGUCUGCUGUCGCAGCCACACAGUCUCCAAUUAUCUUUAUUGGUACUGGUGAACAUAUUGACAACUUUGAAGAGUUUAAAACUAAGCCAUUCAUAUCAAAGUUACUGGGCAUGGGAGAUAUUGAGGGACUUAUUGAGAAGGUAAAUGAUUUGAAACUUGAAGACAACGAGGCACUCAUUAAGAAGUUACAACACGGCCACUUCACCCUCAGAGACAUGUAUGAACAGUUCCAGAAUGUUCGUAAAAUGGGUCCCAUGUCACAAAUAAUGGGUAUGUUGCCAGGGUUCAGUACGGACUUCCUGACAAAAGGUGGAGAGCAGGAGAGCAUGGCAAGGCUCAAGAGGCUCAUGACCAUCAUGGACAGCAUGACAGAUGAAGAGCUGGACAGUCUUGAUGGAAACAAACUCUUCCAAAGGCAGGGAAAUCGUAUAAGUAGAGUUGCUCGGGGAGCCGGAGUGAUGGAGAUUGAAGUGAAGGAUCUACUUAACCAGUACGCAAAGUUUGCCCAGAUGGUUAAGAAAAUGGGUGGGAUGAAAGGCCUCUUUAAAGGAGGAGACAUGUCGAAGAACGUGAACCAAAUGCAGAUGAACCAACUAAACCAGCAGAUGGCCAAGAUGAUGGACCCGCGCGUGCUGCAGCAGAUGGGAGGCUUCAAGGGUCUCGAGUCCAUGAUGAAACAGCUCCAGCAGGGCGGGGGACCUAUGGGCAUGGGUAAAAAUCCUUUCAAGUGAUAAACCUUUGCCAGUUCUUCAGUUUUGACUUCGUGUCAAGAAUUACCGAUUUUUAUGUUAAAAAGUAAGGGGUUUACAGUAUAGGAUUUAUUUACACAGAUGGCAAGUUGUCAACUUGAUGCAAUUUAUGAGAAGUUUAUAUUAAAUAAGUGUUUAUAAA